CCACGUCUGAAACACCACACGUCUCUUGUUUUUGUGUGUGUGUGUGUGUGCGCGCGUGUGGAAUUCUUGGUGGAAAUCCUCCUUCCACAGAGUGGUGGGUUGGGUUGUUUUCUGUCCAAACCCAAUCACUCUCAUGUGGCUCUCAUAUUCUCCUAUGAUUCAAUUCAUUUUUGUUCUUUAAUUUUAAGAUUCUGUCACCUUUAAAGCUUAAAACCACCUUCUUAUCAUAGGCUUUCUCACCCAAUUCCUUCCUCUUCUGCACUUUUUUCCAUCCACCCAGAAGGAAAAAAGUAGGCAGCUUUUCAUUGAAAUUUCCGCUCGCUCCUUUUUGUGAUUUGAUUAUCUGGGUGAAGCUAUUGUUGAUUGGAUUGCCAUUUUGUGCUUUCUACGUGUUCUGUUCUGUUGAAAUCAUCGACGUUUGAAUGGGGGACGUAGCUAAGGACUUAACUGCUGGGACUAUUGGGGGAGCAGCACAAUUGAUUGUUGGGCACCCUUUCGACACCAUCAAGGUGAAGCUUCAGAGCCAGCCUGCUCCACUACCUGGCCAGCCUCCCAAAUAUGCUGGUGCAAUGGAUGCAGUCAGGCAGACUUUGGCUGCUGAAGGUCCAAGGGGUUUAUACAAAGGAAUGGGGGCUCCACUUGCUACUGUUGCUGCCUUUAAUGCUGUCCUUUUCACUGUGAGGGGGCAAAUGGAGACAUUGUUAAGAUCUCAACCUGGUGCUCCACUCACCGUUGGCCAGCAGAUUGUUUGUGGGGCUGGAGCUGGACUUGCUGUUUCUUUUCUUGCUUGCCCCACUGAGUUGAUCAAAUGCAGGUUGCAAGCACAAAGUGCAUUAGCUAGUUCUGGCCCAGGAGCUGUGGCAGUGAAGUACAGCGGGCCAAUGGACGUGGCCAAGCAUGUUCUCAAAUCUGAAGGUGGUACAAGAGGUCUUUUCAAGGGCUUAGUACCGACUUUGGGACGUGAGGUUCCGGGAAACGCUGCUAUGUUCGGUGUGUACGAGUUACUGAAGCAAUCCAUGGCAGGAGGCCAGGACACUUCUCAGUUGGGAAGAGGCUCUUUGAUGCUGGCUGGAGGCUUAGCCGGAGGAACUUUUUGGCUAAUGGUAUACCCUACUGAUGUGGUCAAGAGCGUAAUUCAGGUAGACGAUCACAGAAAUCCCAAGUUCAAUGGCUCCAUUGAUGCUUUCAGAAAGAUCCUGGCAUCAGAGGGUGUCAAAGGCUUGUACAAGGGUUUCGGCCCUGCUAUGGCUCGAAGCGUGCCGGCAAAUGCAGCAUGUUUCUUGGCAUAUGAAGUGACAAGAUCUAGUUUGGGAUGAUUGAUUUUUAUCAGGCAUUGGCUACUAGCCAAAAUCAUAACAAUUUUUAUCAUAUUGCUCAUCUCCAAGUCCUUUCUUGUCCCAUUGAAUGAAAGCUUCUUGGAGAAAUUGUUUAGCAAUAUGAUUUGACAGUUUAUUUAUCCUCACAAAUGUCUUUGCUUAAAGAAAUACUUGCCCCACCGUUGCUUAUUUUUAUUCUGAAUAAGUUAGUCCAUUAAUUUA